AUGGCAUCUGGGAGCUUCGACAGCUUCACGUUGAAUAUAAAUAACAUGCUUCCAAUUCCAGCAGAUCCUGAAGAUGAAAUAACUCUUUCAAUAAAAAUUAACAGACAGCGAGCUCGCCGGGAGGCUCAUGCCGAAAGAAGAUUAGAAGCAGACCAACGUCGGGAGGUAGCCAACCGCAGGCGUCCCCUCCAAGUUGAGGAUACCGAACUUCAACAAGCUCAGCAGCUUCAGCAGCUUCAGGCUCAACAAGCUCAGAUUGAACAACAGCUGCUCCAAGCUCGACAGUUUGAAGCCCGGGAAGCCCAACGGGUUCAACAGCUUCAAAUUGAACAACAGCAACUACAAGCUCAACAGACUCAGCUUGACCAACAGCUGCUCCAAGCUCGUCAGCUCGAAGCCCAGCAAGCCCAACAGCUUCGACAGCUUCAACUUGAGCAACAACGGCUCCAAGCUCAGCAGGCACAGCUUCGGGGACAGCCGGGCGCUAGAGAAUCACAUAGCCCCAAUACCAAUCAGAUACAAAGUCAAGAUAACAAUCAACCUGGACUAGGUGAUGCGACGACAGACCAGCCUGAAGACUUACAGCUUCCAACAUUCCCUACUUUCAGUGCUGAUGGUUUCAACUCUGACAACCACUCGCCUGGUGCCCACGCAAGCGGAUCAGAGAGAGAAUCGCCGUUCCCGUUAAGGCCGGCUCACCAUAACGUAUCUGAAAUCCCGAGCGCAGCGGAAACUUCUCGACAGGGAUUCCUGAAUGGUGACGAACUAUACAAGUCCCACACAGAAGAUCUAUGGUGUGAAACCGAGCCAAAAUCUGACACAGAAAUGGACUAG